AAUGUUGUUACGAUCCACAGGCAGAUAGGGAAUGCGGUGCCCUGGCCUGUGGCUACGGCCCUAGGACGGGAGCUACAAGCCGCCGUCCUUGAAGAUCCAAAGUACAAAGUUAUUAAUAUAACAUAAAGUGUUUUUAUUGCAAUGCAUAGUCAGCAUUAUUUCUCGUUUCCAGACGGCCUCUAUGGAAUUCCUCCUAGAAUCACUCAUGCCGGCUGUCGCACACCGUAUCAAACAACCCUGACACGUCUUGAACCGAACGCGUUUGCAUUCUGUCAAGCUUGAAAACCGCGCGUCAACAUCUGUUUCCAUUAUGUCUGAGGGGUCCGCAGACCCAACCAUCGUAUUCUUUAGCGGUUCCUGCAGGAACAAUGGCCUCGUCGACGGUGCUGCCGGUUCAGGUGUUUGGUGGGGUACCGAACAGCCCAAGAACCUAGCUAUUCGCACACCAGGAAAACAGACCAACAACUGCUCCGAGCUAUUCGGCCUGCUGAGCGUACUGGAACAAAUACGGCGAGACGAUCUAGAAAACGCGAACAAUUCAGACGCGUUUCUCAUAAAUACGGAUCGAAAGUAUACGUUCGAUUGCUUCACCAAAUACCUCCCAAAUUGGAGAGUAAACAAUUUCAGCAAACCCAGUGGGAAGGGAUCCAUUCAAAAUGUCGAACUCAUUCGCUAUAUUGCUGCUCUUCUCGAGUACGUGUCGUUGAGACAUGAUGUAAAGCUCGCAUUGGUAUCUUCGAGUGAAAAUCGUCAGGCGCGCCUCUUGGCGGAGCAAGCAGUGAAUUUGGAGAAAGUGCAGGAGGUUGUAUGGUCGGAUUGCAGGAAGGAAGUUGAGAAAAAGCUGGCACUAGCUCGUGAAGAAAUUAAGCAUAAAAAGGCGCAGAUGGGACGUGAAGCGUUUAACAAAGAAGAAGAAGCUCCAGAAUCCUCGAAGAAACGCAAGAAGGAGACAAAGAAAAAGAAGGUCGCUCAGGAAGUGUCAGUGAUAGCACCAGAUAAAGCGGACGAGGGUCAGGGCGGACGGCCUAAGAAAGAUAAGAAGCUCAAGAGGAAGGCCAAAGAUAUGGACGUUGGCCAGCAGCAGGAAGUGGUUAUACGAGUCGAGGAGGAAAGACCAAAGAAAAGAACGAAAAGGAAAUACGACGCAGAGGAAACAGAGCUGGAAAUCGAGAGUAAUCCUGCCCGGCCUCCGAAACCAGAGAAGAAGAAACGAUCAAAGAAGGCGGCAAAAGUGGUGGUUGUGUUGAAAAUUCAGGUGGAGACCAAGGAAAAGAAACAUCGACGAAAGGAGGGGCGGGAAGGGAAGCGGCGUCGGCAUGAUCAGACUGAGUAGUUUCAUGUAGGAUAUGAACAUUGGGACGCCCUUGUUUGACUUUUCUUAUUAACCUACGCAUAUCUCGACUUGUAGCAAGACCUUCGGGAAUGGAUCGGGGGAGGUUUGCUUGAUAAUACCUUGGCUUCAUUCAAGUCGGGGAACU